AUUUACCAGGUUGGUGUCAUCUGCACUGUCUGUUCCAGAUCCAACACUCAACACCAUUCGGGACUUUCCAUAUUUGCCUGUGGAGUUAUUCGGAAAAGCCCUGAAAUGAUUGUGGAGUGCAUUGGAAACAAAGCAAACGGGAUGGCUGAGCUCAGGAGGUUGCUUCAGAAGUAGUUCACCAGCAGCAGCAGCAGCAGCCAGGAGAGGUCCCCCUCACGUCUCACCAGUCAGGCAGCCACCGCCCACCGGCGUCCUCUCCCUGGUGUCCCGAGAAUUUGUUUUUUUCAUCCACCAGACCAUGAUCCUGAUAGCAAAGCAACACUUGUACCUCUCUUCUCUCCUUUCCCCUUCUAUUUGAUCCCUGGUCCUGGUCCUGGGUGUCGAACUGUGCCAACGCCAUGGCGUUCUUCAGCAGUGGAUCCCGGGUUCUGGUCGAAAUCCUGACGAGGAUGCAGAGCGCCGAAAGACCAAUGCCUGUUGACCACACCUUCUUCGAGUUUGGAUCGAUUCGAUAUCAUGUGGAGGCUUCAGUGUCGGAUCCUGAGAACGUGUUCCUGUCGAUAUCGACGCCGUCGCUCUCCCACGAGGCGGCUGCACCCUCGUCGUCGUCGGCGGCGAGCCGCCUGCCUGAACUGACCCUGCAGGAGACGAGGAAGACGUAUGGCAGGUUCGCGGAGAUCGUGGAGCCGCCGAGGGAAGGAUACGCCCUGACGCUCAAGCUCAACUUCUCCGGCCUCGCCCGGCCGAAAGAUCGCGUGAAGGCCAUUAACCAGGUGUCGCUGCUGCAAUCCGUGGUGCUGAGCUCGCAGCUGAAGGAGAUGCUGGGGAGCCUCGGCUCGUCGCCGGGCACCAUGAGGCUCGUGUACAACCAGAGGGAGCCCUUCUUCGUCAGCAGGACGGCUGAUGAGACGAUAAACGCCAUCUUCCCCAUGCGCUUCAGGGACGACACGGACCUGGCCAUCGCCACCUCCUUCUUCCAGGAGCUACAGGACGUCGGGAACUCGUUCGCGUGGGCGCCCAAGUGCAGCUGGUCGCCGAUCCCGCCGCCGGAGCUGCGCGGGGAGAAGGUGCACCACCUCACCACCAACGGCGGCUUCGUCUCCUUCGGCGUCCUGUCGCGCCACGUGAGGGGGAAGCGGGCCGCCAAGACCGCGUGGAUCCUGCUCAACUUCCAGUCCUACGUCAAGUACCACAUCAAGUGCACCCGGAGCCACGUCCAGAGCCGGAUGCGGGAGCGGCUGGAGACGCUGACGGAGGCCGUCCAGAACGCGAGGCUACGCGGGACGAAUAGCCACGACAAGAAGCGGGCGUCACAAGUUGUGAAGAAGAGGAGCAGCAAGAGACGGCUCGUUAGCCUGGCGAAAGCGAGCAAGAAGCUGCACAAGGGUUUCAGGGCCGUCCUGGACAAGAUCAUGAAGCGGCUGCGGCAGAGGAUCAGGGUGAAAGGCCUGGACCGGCUCCGGCGGCAGUUCCGGUGCCGGUGCUUCGCGGUGCCUAGGCUCCCGGCCGCGCCACCUCGCGCUCACAGUCGCAGCAGGAAGGCGCACAGAUACCACAAGCUGGCCGAGUAAUCUAUCAAACCUUGGUCGUCGUCGAUGUCGACUCUAUUAAUUGGGAGCAUCUAGCUAGCAUCUGCGCUCCGCUAAUAUACCAAGCAUCAGAGCGCACCAAAGAGUUUAGCUCUUUUCCUCACAUUGGCUCAAAAGUUUUAGUCCCUCUCUUCUUCACGUGACACCACCUAAUGCUAAGCUUAGAGCCGACAAGUUUUAAGUAUCCAUGUUUGAGUGUUGUUACAUUUGCACUAAUUUCUAGUUGUACCUUUAGAAUGUGACCGGUACAAAUGUAUUCUCUAUGUAUACUACUUUUGUGGCUAUAUGGUACAAGGCUACAAGCUCUAAAGUAGCAUAAAAUCAUUCGGGAAACUGAGUGCUACACUUA